GAACCAGCGGGGGUCCUGCUGCUACAGUACAUGGGUGGAGUAAAGCUGGACAUAUGCAACGGGGUUUUCCUCCCAAAUUAGCCGAGGGGGUGAACACUGGGCAUUAUGUCUUGAGUAAACGACUAAUACAAGUUAUUUUAGCGGUUGUACGCCUUGGAACCAACACGCUGAGAUGGGCGAUGUGACAGAAGAGUCGUUGUUGGAUUAUUUUUACUCAACCGGCGGCGAUUCAGGCAAAGUAAAAAAUGCUGAUCUAUUGAAGACAUAUAAGCCUUAUAUCGGUCAUACUGAUUUACAAUUACGUGCUAAAUACAGGGAGGAAUUCAAGCUCAUCAUGGACAGAAUAGCUGUUAUGAAAUCAGAGAAUGGCGAGAACAUCCUGGUGCUCCGGAGGAAGUACAGACAGAUGCUGGUGGAGCGGGACGGCCCGUCCAGGACGCCGGCCACGGCCCGAUGGGAGGCCCCGGCGCAGGAGGCCUACUCACCUGUUCCUGCCAAGAGGCCCCUGCAGGAGAUCUCCGCAGAGCAGCGCCCCCUGGAGGGUGAGGACAGGGGGUCCGGUCGGGGGCCGUCCUCCUGGGGUCCGGAGCCCGGGGGGCCGAGUGAAUGUGCGGACCUGCCGUCGUCACUGGAGUACGACUCGGAGCAGGACGCAGAGAGCCUGGGCCCGACCUCCAUCGCUCUCGACCCCAUAGAGAAGGACUGGAUCUACUCGGCCGCGAGUGCACGUGUGCCCGAUCUGUCUCAACUGCUGCAGCAGGACCCCUCUUUGGCCAACAAGAAGGACUUCACCUCUUUUACGGCUUUGCACUGGGCAGCAAAGCAUGGGAAAGAGGACAUGGCCACACUGGUGGUUAAGGCUGGCGCUGACGUCAACACCAAAUCGGGAUACACACCUCUACACAUAGCGGCGCUGCACGGCCACCAGCACAUGGUUGAGCUGCUCGUCCAGACAUACGGGGCAAAGAAGAACCUCAGGGACUACAGCGGCCAUCUUGCCAGCCAGUACCUGACGGACCGGGAUCCUGAUGAGCCAGGAGAGGAGAGCGAAACACAGCUCCAAGCGGCCCAGGCCAGGGAGCGGGGCCGCAACAGGAAGCUGCCGUCUCUCUUCCUGUCCAAGAAGAAGUGGGGCUCUGCGGAGGAGCUGGCGCCCAUAGAGGAGGAACGGUCCACCCCCCCACAGCCGCUGCUGCCCGCCUACAGGCCCAGGAAGUUCUCCCGAUGAACGCACCAGAGACUGUAGUAAAGAGAGCUCCUCCAAACACCCGUCUCAGCUCACAUACAAGACGCAUGGUUAAUUACCUCAUGAUCUAUGGCUCUCUCUCCCUCCCUUGCUCUCGCUCUCUCCUUCUCGCUCCCUCUCUCUUGCUGUCUCUCUCUUUCACUCUCUCCUUCUCGCUCCCUCUCUCUUGCUGUGUCUCUUUCACUCUCCUUCUCGUGCCCUUUCUCUUGCUGACUUUCUCUCGCUCUCUCCUUCUCGCUCCCUCUCUCUUGCUGUCUCUCUCUUUCACUCUCUCCUUCUCGCUCCCUCUCUCUUGCUGUCUCUCUUUCACUCUCCUUCUCGUGCCCUUUCUCUUGCUGACUUUCUCUCGCUCUCUCCUUCUCGCUCCCUCUCUCUUGCUGUCUCUCUCUUUCACUCUCUCCUUCUCGCUCCCUCUCUCUUGCUGUCUCUCUUUCACUCUCUCCUUCUCGUGCCCUUUCUCUUGCUGACUUUCUCUCUCUCUCUCUCUCCUUCUCGCUCCCUCUCUCUUGCUCUCGCUCUUGCUCUCUCCCUCUCCCUCCCUCCCUCCAAAUCCCUAUAUCUUGCUUUAUCUCUUGCUCUUUAACUCACACAAAAAAACACCUUGUCUAAGUGUGUUACAUCAUAGGAGUUAAUAACAACGAGGGACUAAUGAAGUGCUUUGCUUAGAUUGCAUUUUUGCCAAAUGAGAGGUUUAAUUGAUUUACAAUGCAAAGAUAAAUAUAAAUGAAUAGGUUUCACACACACACACACACACACACACACACACACACACACACACACACACACACACACACACACACACACACACACACACACACACACACACACACACACACACACACACACACACACACACAGUUUGUUGCAUGCGUGCAAGCAAACUCCUCAUGCAAAUGGUUCAUUUUGAAGGAUUUCAAAAGAAAUAGAAGUUGAUCAAGUCAGUGCCUUGCUUAAGAUGAUCAACACAUUCGUGCUAGCUAAAAGAUUGUCACUGUGGUCUGACUGGUUCUUGUUGAACGUUUGAACAUUUACCUUUCAUUUAUUUUUUUCCAAUAUGCUAGGCUGGGAUAGGAUUCUCUCCCUGUGUGUCAGAAACCUCUGUGUCCCAAGUGAACAAAUCUGACAAGCAGGUAAAGAGCACAUUAUAAGCUUAUCUGAAUCUCCCUUUCACACCCACAAACCGAUUCUGAGCCAAAGGAACAUUCCAGAGGUAAUCCCAAAGCUAUGUUAGAACCUUGACGUUACAGGACUGUUGUCGUCUCAGGCGUUACGCUCGGUUUAUCAGUUUAGCCAGUAUUUCAUGUUGAUACCUUCAGACUUUUGCACUUGUUGUAUUUAUGUAUCAGUUUCCUUGGUUGCAAAAUGUAUUGAAACGACUUGACUUCACCCUGCUGCACUCUUUAGUGCAUCAUUUGCAUUUUCUGAAGGAAAGCUAUUUUGUUUUGUGUCCCGCGGGACGAUAAUAUGUCACAGAUUUUUAUUAUUAGAGGAAUGUUUGUGAAUGAAUAGUGAGCACAUGCUGUAUGUGUUUAUCUGAGGAGCUGUACCAUAAUAAUAUUUUUGUGAACAUCUGGAACAACAUCGACACAAUACGGAGGGACUUCAUGAUCAUUUGAUUAUGCUGAUUAAAAAUUGAAUGUCCUAACUAA